AUGCAAGGCAUUCAGUUCCAGAAAGUGCAGACAGUUGUAAGAGUGCCCAUCUAUCCCCACGAGCUGAACAGCAUGGUGGAGGGCGUGUACAGAUACCUCAACACCUUCAUAGGAGAGUAUUUGAAAGUGAUCAAAGGCCUGGUGAUAUGCUACACAGAGAACGUGGGCAUAGCAAACGAUGUUGCUUCUAUCGUGGGAGUAGAUCCAAAAGUGUAUGUCAGAGUGUCUGUAGAGUUUGUAGUGAUGAAGGUGGUGGUAGGAGGAGAGGCUACAGGGUACCUAACAAACAAAGAGGAAGGACAGGUGGAGAUAAAGACACACGGAAUAAUCACUGCAAAACUGCAAAGCACCGUCUACCAUCCUCCCGGAGUAUAUAGAUACACGGUAAAAGAUGUAAAUUUAUAUCCUCUUUUCAUUCGCGGAGUAAAUAUGCACAUGUAG